AUGAAUUGUAUUUUUGAAUUCCUGCAGCGUCGUAUUUGCUGCGAAUCCGGCACCGUUUCAGACGGCCGAGUCGGCGCUGAAGGUGUUGGCGAUGAUCAUGUUGGCGUCGAGGCUCGAGAGUCGCGACUAGGCAGUCGCGAAUGCCUCCUGCCAACUCGCUCCGUCGCAACACCUGACCUCUUCGCAUCGCCAUCCCUCGCAUCACCGACGCCCAACUCGUUCCCAAUCGCUGCCAGCGCGCGCCGCACUCACUCUCAACAGCCCAUCAAGCCCAGCCAGCGACCUUCACGCCGCCAGCUGCCUCCGCUGGGCGUCUCCCUGGUCGACAUCCGCGUCAACAGCGCCGUCAACCGCAGUCAACCUCCGGUCAGCCCGACGGCUUCCAUCUGCAUGCAACCCGCUCAGCGAGGUGAGCGUGACUCGGGCGACCCUUUAGUAAUCCUGCAGCUGCGCCUCGAUGCGUCUCGACGGUGCCGCGCGCUGACUGGUGACCCGGGUCGGGUUGCUUCGUCGAGUCGCAGUCCCAGGAUACCCCGGCUACCCUAUACGCACCGCACCUCAAUGAGUCUUGCUGUCGAGCUUCACAUGUCUCGAUGCAUCUUCCGGCACGGAGCAUGUUCGCCGCUGGGUUGA